CACAUAUUGACUUUUCAGCAAGCUGAAACUAUCUUCUGUUCUUCAGACUAUCUACUCAACAGUGUAAACUGAUAAAAUGUUGAAAUCCACAUUGACGUUAUUUGUGCUUGUUUUUUGUAGUGUCGACAUUUCAAAAGCCUUUCGAUGUUGGAAAUGUGACAACGCUUUGACGUUUGAAGAUUGCACCAACAGAGGACAAAGUGUAGAAUGCGAUGGCGAGAAUGGCGGGUGCUUCACCGAAAUCAGAUUUAACGUGGGUUUAAUUCCACCAAUCAGACUCACAACAAGAUGCAAACAAGGCAAUGAAUGCAGCAAAAACGAAUAUCGGAAUGUAAAAGAUUGCGAGUCUAGAAACCCGAUCUGCAGAUGUUGCUGCGUGGGAGAAGAUUGUAAUAAACCGGAAUUGCGAAUUGCCAAGUAUUCAAGCUUAACUCUUGUCCGUGUACUUCACCACUCACUUUAUGGUCAACAAUAG